AUGACCAGCGACCGGGACAAGGAGCUCCCCCUCCCUCCCGGCGCUGUCCCCAUGAAUCCCGCCGCGAACGGAUACCACCACAACUUGCCCCCUCCUUCACCCCUCGUCAACUCCCCAAACUCCCCCUACACCCCCGUCUUCUCCGACACCGCCAGCGUCAACUCACUCCACCAGUAUUCCUCCAACGAUCCUCCCACCUACUCCAAGAUUGCACACACCUUCACACCACUCGAAGCACGCCGCAACUCCAAGACCAAGGACGUCUCCCCACUCGCCCAAGUCGACCCGAUCACCCAUCUCCCCGCCACCUUUCGCAUCAACACCCAUUACACCCCGCCCUUCGUCACCAUCCCCGAAAUACUCGAUCAUCUCACCUUCCUCGCCUGCCUACACUGUCUGCAAGAAGAUGUCCGUGACGCACCAUUUUACCGUGACGACAUAAAAGGACGGCCACCAAUCAAGCCAAGACGACGGGGUUCUUGCGAAGGCUCAGACGAGGAGGAAGACGAUGAUCCACUCAUCGAUGGCGAUGUCAAGUGGACAGCAUUUUGUCUAAGGGCUGCCGCCCGCUUCGACCGCUGGGCCACCAGCGAGUCGCUCCUUGCUUUGGCAGACGAAGUGCUAUCAUCCGGGCGACCACUCGUCGACCGCCACGGGCAGACUUUUCUCUCCGAGGCGCAAAUGGAGAGCGUGAUCGCCGGGGUAGAUAUUGACGUUCUUAUGGCUUGGCACUCGUACAUGCUUAACCCGGGGGUCUAUGCGGACGACAUGGAACGAGCUGGCGGCGAGCGAGGCAGGUUGCGAGGCCUGAAGGCUCUUGGGGCUUUCCCCCUCCGCACCAUAGCGCGGCGUAUUGACCCCGACACCUUUGUAUGGCAGCCCCGGAGGAAGGACGCCGAGCUGGAACCCAUCCUACUCGCAACACACCCAAACUCGCUCGUGGCGCUUCACGACACACGCUCUGCGUUGUGGAUGAGCUGCGCGGCUUGCGGUGGUGGCGUUGAAAUACCUGUCAUCGGCCCACCACCCACCGGUACUGGCCUCGUAUCACACAACAUGGCCGUGCCAUGCCCUCAUUGCACCUUCAUCAUCACGCACGAGCAGCUACGCCUUGAUCGCAUGAUACGCGACUUGGCCGAGCUCCAUUACCAACGAGUGCCUUUUCUGCCCGGCUUGGGACCCGGGCAUCAAAUGGACACGCUGACGCCUGCGGCAUCAGUGGCAUUCAGCCGCGCUUUGGUGGAGGCUACAACCAGCAGGUUCUAUGGCUACAAGCCAAUGUGGUACGAUAACGCCAAGACGGACCCACCCAUCACCACCGGUCAGGUCGGCGAGCGCACAUCGUGGACCGUCAAGCACACGAUCCAGUCUAUGAUGAACGAGAUUGUAAAGGAAGGCCUGAUCCGCCCCAUCUUUCAGAACAACAUGAUGGGUACGGACGUCAAAACAACCCGGGCGACAUUACGAAAAGCCCUUGCCCGGUACGCGCGCGUUUAUUCUGAGACGUACCUUCCCACCAUCAGCUUCGACCUUGGGGCGGCAAUCAUGCGCCAGGCCUCGUUCGUGGGGAGCAUGGAGAAGAUUGGCUGGCUCGAAGUGUCACGCUGGCGAGACGCUGGCAAUCCCGACCGAUUCUAUCUCCUCCAGAAAGCCGCGGCACGUUAUCACGCCUUCCUCGACUUGAUGUCUGUUCAUCCCAAGGCCUUCCUUUCACCUACACUUGACAUUGACCUAUGUUGGCAUACGCACCAGCUCCUCGGCGCGGGUUAUGUGCGCGACACGAUGCGUUACGUUGGGCGGUUCAUCAACCACGACGACAAAGUUGCAGACGUGACGCUGAAACGAGCGUACGACGAGACAGCCACACGCUGGGCGCUGCGCUUCGGCACAGCUUAUUCGGGCUGCGGAUGCCCCGUGGCCUUUGAAGCGGAGGCGACGCUGAAGCGCGUCCUAAAGUCUGACGCGCUGGUCGAUUCGCCGCUCAAAUUCUGGAAGCGAAAGCAGCGAGCAGCGAGUAUGACAGGAGCUCUUCAGGACGUCAUGACUCUGAAGGGCUCAACGUUUGACGAACAAGGAGCGCUUUGCCCAUCGACUCACAACCGCGUGAAAGUCGAGGGUUCGCACCGGAUCGAUGGCGCUCGUAACUCCAUGUUUUCGAAGAAGGUCAAUUAUGAGCACCCUGAUCCCUUCACGACUUAUUAUGUCUUCGUCCCCCGCGCCGUCCCGCGCCCAGGCAAGCGGCGGCGCCGAGGCUCGCAGAUGCCUCGGCGUGGGAGCACCAGCUCGCGCUCAACGACCUCGACCUCAGCGAACGUGUACUGGGGUGUUGCGCCGCACUCGUACUAUGGUCCAUAUGGGCUUACAAACCCGUGGUGCAUGCCAAUGGGCGUUGCAAUGUGUAUCCCGUCGGCAUUCGCGAAGGCGGAGAGGCGACGGUGA